AUGAGGUCCUUUGGGAAGCAGGUAUUGAACAUAUUUUACAAGGCGGCAUAUUGUUAUCGGUGUGAAGACUUCUUCCGUUACUUGUCAGCCAUCCGAAACCAAAAAUUCGAAGCAUUUAGAAAGCUAACUAAUGAAAUUCCGGUAAAUGCUUGGGCGAGGUGUUUUUCACCUGUACGGCGCUAUGGAUUCAUGACAUCCAAUUUCUGCGAAAGUUUGAACAACAAACUCCUAUGGGCCAGGAUGUUACCCGUUUGCUCGUUGUUGGAGUGUGUUCGGACAACGAUAGAGAAAUUGUUUGCUGUUCGGCGUGCAUCCGCCGAGGGUAGCAAUCAUCCGCUAACGCAGUGGACUCAAUUGUGGUUGGAUCCUUAG